AUGUCUAAUAUAAUUGUGCCAACCAUUUAUAAUUCAGUUAUGAAGGAUGUAAUUGAAAAUGUGAAAAAAGACUUUAAAGACAGUGGAAUUGAUGAAACAGUUUUACAUGAACUAGAACACAAUUGGCUACAAAAACUUAAAAGUUUCAAGGUUGCAUCUUGGAAUCAUAAUGAUGGAAAUGUAGGAGAGGAAACUAAUGGCAGUACAACAAAUUAUCCACCAAAUCCAAAUGAAUUUGAAACACCGCCACCAGCAGCUGCAAAUCUUCCAACUCUUGCAACAUCUACACUCAGUGUUUAUACUGCAGUUAUGAAAGAUGUAAUUGAAAAUGUGAAAAAAGACUUUAAAGACAGUGGAAUUGAUGAAGCAGUUUUAUAUGAACUAGAGCGCAAUUGGCUACAAAAACUUAAAAGUUUCAAGGUUGCAUCUUGGAAUCAUAUUGAUGGAAAUGUAGGAGAGGAGACUAAUGGCAAUACAACAAAUGUACCAUUUAUUCUACCCGCUACAACUACAGAAUCAACUAAUGUUUCAUUAAAAUACCCAUCAAAUGAAUUUGAAAAGCCACCCCCAGCAGCUGCAGAUCUUCCAACUCUUGCAAUCAAUUCUGAUGCUACUUCUAAUGGAAUGAGAAAACCCCAAUCUUAUAUGGUAUCUAAAAUAUCUAAUUUAUUUCUUAUUGUUAUUAAAGAUUAUUAA